GAAAGUAGAACGCUGGGAGUCCCAAAAUUUCUUACCUGUGCACAAACUGGUUUGCCCUUUAGAUUUGGUAUUUUAUUUUGUGCUCCGGCCCCGGAGGCUACAAGCUUGUGUGACGCCUGGGACAGGCGACUUGAUGCCUCGGUCAUUAGAGCAAAUCUUCUGACUCAGGAAACUCUUCUUAGUUUGUCACAAAGCGGUAUAGCAGAGCACUUCGAGAUCCACUUCGAUUCCUCCAGAACUGAUUUGGUCAGUAGCGAGAUGAGGUUCUACUCAUUCUUCGCUCUUGUACUAGCGGUCAGCUCCGGACAGAGGCUAGAAACGUCGGGAUUACAGAGGUCACAAUGUACUGGUUUGGCAAGGCGAAGUCGUCAAGUUCCUGUUGAUGUACCCCUGCUGUAUAACAUGAGAACCAGAGAGCUGGCAGAAAUCCCACAACAAUUGUACAAUGCGCAUCCCAACUUCAUAGCCAGACUUGAAAUUGACGGUUGGGUCGUUCAAACAAGAAGAACAAUCGCGACACAAGUCGUCAAUGAAAGAGUUCCUGUGUGUUGUCCAUGGGAUCAAAACUGUCAGCAGAUGCAACAACGAAAGACUGGUAUCCAAUUCCCAUGCGCUAAUGGGGGUCAGAUGGUUAUUCUAUACAAUGUCCAGAAGUGUGUAUGUCGCCCUGGAUUUAGAGGAGUUUGGUGUCAAAUCCCAGAUCUGAUCGGACUGCCAGAGAACGUUGCUCCAUUUCCCCAUGGACCUGUCAUACGUGGUGUUUCUCCUUACACGUUCAGCGAUGGGUUGGCCAACCAGGAGCUGUCAAGACAACAACAAGAGAGGAACUCCUUCAAUCGUGACCAAGUUCUACGCUCACAGCAAGCCUUGUUGUGGCACCAGCAGGUAUUGAGGUCAAGGCUGGCACAAGCUGAAGAAUAUUACAGACGUCUUCAAGGUCAGCUCACACCGGCAAUGCUACAGUCGAUGCAAGAAGAAUUGCAGAGAAAAGGAGCUGGUAAUACCAACCCUUACAGCACCAUACAGCCCGAGCAAAAUCUAUUCCAUCGAUUAAAGAGCGAUCAAAUGCAAAGCAAUCAGUACAGCUACAUGCCAAGACAAGGAGUUCCCGAGGCUCGAACCCCAUGGGAUUUGGAUCCUUUCAAUAUGCAACAGUUUCCUGGCUUUAGAAAUGAUGCUAGAAGCUCCAUUCGAGAAAGACAAAUGCUAGCUAUGGCAUUUUAUCAACAAAUGAUGGAUCAAUACAAACCUAUAACCAGGAACGACGGACCGUUACAGUCCAAAAACAACCAGAAUCAACUACAAGGUGUCAAAGAGGAUUUACAAUCAGUUUCAGUCAAAGACUCAUCAUCAGCCCAGGCUCAGGCAGUCGGUACCAGGCCUGAUGAAUUACUGCAGGUAGAGAAAUGCCAAUCGGUGCUCCAACCCAAGUUGGACGAGUGCCUCGGGCUCUACGACAUUACGCUCCAGCAGUUUAUGAACCCUGAAUAUAUCAAUAAGGCUCGGGUUAUUUGCCAAAACGACGCAUCUGUUGGUCAGUGCAUUACACGGCUGGACACAUCAUGUGGAGAGGUCACGGCAAGAAAAAUGAUCAACUCCAUUUUAAAGAUGAUGGGACUUGUAUGUCAACACAUUCGAACUAAUGGUGGAAAGGCUCCAAUGCCUGAAACAUCAAAUGACGAAAAACCCAUUCAAGAGGAGCCAGUCCGAUCUAGUAACACAGAAAUAGGGGCCUCACCUCCCCUGGCGCCAGUGUCCGAAGAAAUGCUAACAACCGAAGAACGGCAGCUGCUAGAACAGUGCCAACCCAUUCUUGAGCCAAAGAUCAACGAAUGCAUGACAUCAAACGAGCUCACUAUUCAAGAGUUUAUCAAUCCUACUAAUAUGGACAAAGCAAGAGGUCUUUGUCGGGAAGGUCAUGUGGUGGGUCAGUGUAUCACAAAUCUAGACAAAGCUUGUGGACAAGCUGCGGUACUGACUGCAAGAAAAAUGAUUUCAUCCGUCUUACGAAUGAUGGGUGUGGUCUGUCAACACAUCCAGAUGAAUGGCCCGUUAAAUGGAGGAAGUCAUUCACAAGCCAGAGCUGACAAGAAAAAUUCAGAGCCAGUUAAAGAGGAGCCAGUUAAAGAGGAACCUGUACAGAUGACCUCUCAAAAUAAACAAGAAAAGAACGGCCCAUCGGCUAACUUACCAUCUGAACAGAGAACUCCAGCAACACACCAAGAGAUGCAGCAGUGUCUGCUCCUUCUAGAAACAAAGGUCAAUGAGUGUUUGACGUUUAGUGGUCUGACCAUCACAGACGUCUUCGCCCCUGCCAACCUAGAUAAGGCUCGUCACAUGUGUCGUGACAAUACGCAAUUGGAUGAAUGUAUCAUGCGACACGAAACGGCUUGUGCACAGUUACCCGUGUCUGUUACACGACCAAGACUUAUGGCUGUUAUCAACACACUAAAUAUGUACUGCAAACAGAUUCAAAGCAGUGGACAAGCUGAUCCCGAUUCCCAAAAGAAUGAGAUGAACCAGCCAGAAAUGCCAGGGUCAGCUUCAGUUCAAGAACAAAUUCAAAAGUGCCAGUUAAGUCUAGAGCCGAAGAUAAACGAAUGUUUGCACAGUUACGGAAUUGUUUUACAACAAUUUAUGAACCCAGAGUUUAUCGACAAGUCUAGGUCAAUUUGUCUAGACAGUAAAGUCGUUGUGACAUGCAUCGUGGAGUUGGAGAAAGUAUGUGGGGUACAAACAGUCGAGACAACACGUCGAAUGCUGCAAUCGCUAUUGAGGACGAUGUCAAUGGUCUGUGAAAGGAUCACGUCAACAGAAAAAGAAAUGACGUCAGGACAGGGAGGUACUGUUACAGACACGCAUACAUUGAGGUCAGGUGUACUCGGUCAUCCUUCUCAGGAAAUACAGGCAACCAAGGGUCAACAGCUUCCCCAUGAGACUGCGAGCAAUCAAGGCGACAACGAAAUAGCAGAGGUGAAAAAUGAAUUACCAGUUAAAGCUUCACUACAGGAGAGUCCGAGUGACGUGGACAAGAUGAAAUACAUCAGUAGACACAUGGAAGCUUUCGGUUACCCCUUGUGGUUAAUCAUUACUCUUAUUUUAAUCCUCGUUGUUCUAUCCCUAUUGUCUGUCAUGGUUAUAUGUUUAUGUGUCCGACGUCGAAGAAAACAGAACAAAGUCAUCAUCACCAGAGAAAUCGAGAAGGUUCCAAUACCCAUUGACGAGAAAAUGUGUACCAUCGGCAUUCCGCCUCCGUCAUACACAACAACAACAAUUAGACAGACGGAAGAUGGGCUAGCACUGCCUCCACUGGACCUAGCUGAUGAUUCGGCUAAUGUAAAACUCGACCAGCAUAUCAAGGGAGAUGAUAAAGAAUGUAAUUAAGUUAUGGUUCAUAGGCUUGACAAAUAGAACACAGUUUUUACAAGUUCAAAGUUACCUUUUAAUGGCAUAUUUUCAAGGAGUAAAUAAAUCUACGUUAAACCGAAUUGCUGAUUUUCAAUAGUUAUUAUUAAACUGCAUUCAAACACUUAAUAACAAAUUAAUAUGUGAAUAUUUUAUUGUCAACAUAUUAUAUAAAUAAAGUUGGUGCUUGAUUAAAGU